AUGGAAGAAAUUGGCAUCUACCCAACCCACACACCGAGUAUUGGACAGCCUGUGGAAGGCAUAGUCGUCAAUGGAAACGGCGGCUCCAACAAGAACAACACCAAUGUUUACCUGAGGGUGAAGAAGUUGGAGAAAGAAUUGCAACUGUUGAUGUUGCAAGAGGACUAUAUCAAAGAUGAACAACGUCAUUUGAAGAGAGAACUGAUUAGAGCUCAAGAAGAAGUCAAAAAAAUACAGAGUGUUCCGCUUGUUAUUGGACAGUUUUUGGAACCUAUUGAUCAACAUACAGGAAUUGUUUCAUCUACAACAGGUUCGAACUACGUUGUCAGAAUUCUGUCCACGUUGGACAGAGAGCUGUUGAAGCCUUCUGCCUCUGUUGCACUGCAUAGACAUUCCAACGCCUUGGUUGAUAUCCUACCUCCAGAGGCAGACUCGUCGAUUUCGAUUGUGGGCGAGAACGAAAAACCAGACGUUACUUACAAUGAUGUUGGAGGACUGGACAUGCAGAAACAGGAAAUCAGAGAGGCUGUCGAACUGCCUCUGACGCAAGCCGAUUUGUACAAGCAGAUCGGUAUCGACCCUCCACGAGGCGUUCUUUUGUACGGUCCUCCUGGUACUGGUAAGACCAUGUUGGUUAAGGCUGUGGCGAACAGCUCUACGGCAUCUUUCAUCAGGGUCAACGGAUCCGAGUUCGUUCAGAAGUAUCUCGGAGAAGGACCAAGAAUGGUGAGAGACGUGUUCCGUCUUGCCAGAGAGAAUUCGCCAGCCAUCAUCUUCAUUGACGAGAUCGAUGCUAUUGCCACAAAGAGAUUCGACGCCCAGACAGGUGCAGACAGAGAAGUUCAAAGAAUUUUGAUAGAGUUGCUCACGCAAAUGGACGGUUUCGACCAAUCCACAAACGUCAAGGUCAUCAUGGCCACCAACAGACCAGAUACACUCGACCCUGCUCUUUUGAGACCGGGGAGAUUGGACAGAAAGAUUGAGUUCCCAUCCUUGAGGGACAGAAGAGAAAGAAGAUUGAUUUUCAGCACGAUUGCUUCCAAGAUGUCGUUGUCUCCCGAGGUCGACCUUGAUUCCCUGAUUUUGAGAAACGAUCCAUUAAGUGGAGCCAUCAUUGCUGCUAUUAUGCAAGAAGCUGGUCUACGUGCAGUGAGGAAGAACCGGUAUGUUAUUUUACAGAGCGAUUUGGAAGAAGCAUACACGGCACAGGUGAAGACGGGUAGUGAGGUCGACAAGUUCGAGUUCUAUAAAUAA